CUCCAGUACUGUUCUUUUCCUUCCCUAGUGGCCAUUAGUUCCUAAUAGCCGUUCACGCUUCCAUGCUCGCAUCGUGCUGACUAUUGCCUUGUAAAAGAGAAGCGUCUAAUGACACACGCUUAAGGGCGAAUCGCCUAUGGCGUGCGGCAGUGUCCGCAAGGCCCUCACAGAUCUCACACCGCCUCCCGCGCUGAUACAACGCCGUGAAGCCGCGGACCUCCCGUCAGCUCUCUGCUCUCGUUACCGUGUCGCAGCUUCUUGCGCAACACCUGCGGGAGCUCGCGUAGGACGAACCCAGCCGCGGCGAGGCUCUGGUUGACUUGACCCUCUUUUUGCCACGGUGGUUAAGGGAGCGGGGUGCUACGUCGCAUGACGCCAUCUGCCAGGGGUAGGAGUGAGGGCCAGUCAUGGCCGCCACCAGAUACCACCUCCACCAAUCCCACCAGCGCCACCAGAAACGGCACCACCACCAGCGGCGCCAGCAGCAACGGCGGCAGCAGCAGCGGUACCUUUCCCGCCACCUCCUCCCCCACCGACACAGCCACAGCACCGCCACCACCAGCGCCGCCGCCGACGGUGACGGCGGAAAACCCAGAGGUCGCGACACACUCUGGAGAAGGCGAAUGGGAUGUCAUCCGAGGGGACCCGAGUUCCUUAAUUUCCGCUCUACUGCCCGAACCAACCAAUCGUCUCUUGGAGAAUGCAACGGCGUUCCUUGGGGAUUUUGCCUCCAGAACUGGCCAGGUUUUUUCGGGAGCGACCGUUCUCGACCAGCCUGACGCUGCCACGUGUCCCAUUUCGAGAUUACCAGAUGACGUAUUGCACUACAUCUUCUCCCUGGUUCAGCGGCAUAACUCCGUGCAUUCUCCCUUCCACUCGCUGCUCUGCCCUCGCUCGCACUACCACUCUCCCUCUCACUCUCACUCCCAUUCCCACUCCCACUCUCUCUCCCACUCCCCCGUUCACUCCCCCUCGCACUCCCCCUCGCACUCCCCCUCGCACUCCCCCUCGCACUCCCCCCCAUGCUGCUGCUGUUGCGCCUUCCUCCCCUGCCCCCUUCCCCCUCCCCCUUCCCUCGCCCACGCGCUCGUGUGCCGCGCCUGGCUCCCCCUCGCUUGCCACUCCCUCGUCUCCGCCUGCCUUCCCCCCAGCGCGGGGCUCCCCCUGCGCGCGGUGCUCCGCCUGCUCCGCCAGUGCCGCGAGCUACGCAGUUUGAUAGUCCCGCCGGGGAGCAUUGUAUGGCGGCGGAAGGGGGGGAGGCGGGGGAAGGGAGGGGCGGCGUCGGGGGCAGGCGGAAUGUGCAGGGGAGGGGGAGGGGCAGGAGAAGGCGGAGGGGAAAGGGGAGAAGGAGUGGCGGGGCGGAAAGCGGGGUGGAGCGGGGUAGCGGAAGUAGGGCAUGAGAGGGAGAUAGUUGCCUCUGGGGGAGCGGGGGAAGGAACUGUCGCGGAGGUAUCAGCGGGAGGACCAGCGGCGGCAGCUGCGGUUAAAGAGGCAGGGAGCGGAAUAGGGGGAGGAGAGGGGGAAUGGUGGCGGGUUAGGGGAGAGCUGGGGGAGCGGAUGAGGGGAGAAGAUGGGGUGCGAUGGGGAAGCGAGCAUGUGUGGGGGGGGCAUGGGGAGGAGAGCGGGAUGUGGUCGGGCAGUGGCAGGCUUACUCCGUGCAUCUCCUUCCCUCACGUUAAUUCACCCCACACUGGACACAUCGACCUCUGGCGUUCCGCGCUACCUAACCCCAACCCAGACCCGAACCCUAACGCUAACCCUAGCCCAGCCACUCCCCUCUCCCUUUCCUCUCCCUCCUCGGCCCGCCCAUGGCCUUCAUUCCCGUUCUCCCCUCCUCCGACACCCUCCAACGCCCAUAGUAGCCCGUGCAACAUCUCUUCUCCCUCUUCUCCUCCCUACUCCCCUUCCUCUCCCUCCUCUCCCUUCCUUCCGCCUCCUCCCCCUCCUCUCGCAUCCUGUUCUUUUUCUCUUCUCCCCCACACGACCCACUCGGGUAACCACCAUCAUAAGCACCACCAGCACCACCACAACCACAGCCAUCGCCAGAUUCCCCAGGACCCUCUCGACCUCUUCUUCUCCCGCCUGUCCUCCCUGCCUCUCCUCUCCCACCUCUCCCUCCUCUCCCUCCCGGCCUCAUUCCUCUCGCUGCCCGACUCCAUCUCCAAGCUCUCCUCCCUGCGCUCUCUCCGCCUCGGGCAGCUUACACGGGCAGCUGAAGGUGAAAAUUCCGGCGUACCUUGCAGCAAUGGCUUAGCAUCAGCGUUGGACCUUCUGGCGCCAGCAGCCCAGCCGCUGCUGCUGCAGGCUCUGCAGCAGCAGAGCACCACCAGUAGCAGGAGCAGCAACAGCGGUGGUUGCAGUGACAGCAGCAGUGGUGACGGCGGCUGUCAGCUGGUGUUUCUCCCAGACGCUCUAGGGUUGCUGACUCGCCUAGAGGAGCUGUCGGUGGGCAGCGAUGCUCUCGAGUGCCUGCCGGACUCCGUUCAACGGCUGGCCUCCCUGCACUGCCUCUCCCUCUCCUCUCCCAUGCUUUCAUCAGCCCAGUUCCUCACUCCUAUCCCGUCCCCACCACCACUAUCACCAACGACAGCAACAGGCGCAGUAGCAGCAGCAGGAGGAGGAGGAGCAGGAGCAGGAGCAGGAGCAGGGGCAGGGGCAGCAAUAAACAACCCCCUCCAAACUCCCAUGCUCCCCACUUUCCCACGCCUCUCCACUCUCUAUCUCGACACGCCAAGCCUGUUUUCUCUCCCUGAUCAACUUGCACUCAGCUGCCCGUCCAUGAAGUUUCUCCAUCUAAUUAACUGCCAAAAUCUUUCGUACCUGCCCGCCACCAUCCACCAGCUGUCCCAAUUGGAGCGCCUGGAGCUCCUCAACUGCACGGGAAUUUCGUACCUGCCCAGCAACUUGGGCAGCCUGGAACGUCUCAAGUGGCUGGCUCUGGGGUGUCCAAAUGUUUUGACGCUCCCCGAUUCCCUUGGAUCGCUGAUUGAGCUGCGCCACUUUUUCCUCCUCUCCUCUGGCUGCUCCAGGCUGCCUACAAAUUUCGGGCAGAAGCUGACAAAACUCAAAACGCUUGCCCUUUCCAAGUGCAGGGACUUGCUUGAGCUGCCCGUACAUCUCGGGCAGCUGGAAAGACUCAAAACCCUUUUCAUUUCUGACUGCUGGCGGCUGCAGCGGCUGCCCAAGGGAUUCUUCUCCCUGCCCAUGCUGCGAACCCUAAUCAUAUACCAGUGCGACGCACUCAACAUUAAAGCUGAAACUUUUGACCACUGCCCACAGCUGCGCUUUCUGAGCCUUGAAUUCUGCCCGUCCCUUCCCAGCCUCCUCUACUCCAUCAUGACCCUCCCCUCUCUCUCGAGACUCCGACUCCGUCCCUUCAAGCACUCAAACCUCCACGAUAAAAGCAUCAUCUGCCAUCUCUCUGUGCUCGAUCUCGCACACUUCCAAGGGCUGCCCGAAAACUUAUGUGCUCUGACUGGCCUCCGGGCGCUCCAUUUUAACGAUGUGACCAAGAUUCCGCACCUGCCGCCCAGUUUUAACCACCUGACGGCGCUCAAAGUGCUCACCUUCGAAUUUUGCGACAUUGUCGUCCUGCCCGCUGAGUUCGGGCAGCUGAAACAUCUUGAGCUGCUGAGCUUCCAGGAGUGCCCGCAUUUGAAAUCUUUCGGGCAAUCGUUUGGACUGCUACCUAAUCUCGCUAUUCUCAUAGCCUCUAAGUGUCCAUCCCUCCUCUCCCUGCCACAAAACAUUGGGAAAUUGCGCUCUCUGCGCAAGCUCGUAAUUUCAGACUGCCCGAACCUGCGGGGCCUGCCAAUGUCCUUCAGCUCUCUGACCAACCUUGUGCUUCUUAAGCUGCCCGAGGGAGAUGACGUGAAGCUGCCCGAAAGCCUUUCACACUUGACAGCACUACAACGCCAGGAACAGCAGCAACAUCAGCAGAGCAGCGGAGAGGGGGGAGCGGGGUCUGCAUGUGUGCAGCAGUCACUGCAGGCAAGGGAGGGAUGUGGAGGAGGAGGAGGGGGAGGAGGAGGGGGUGGAGAAGGAGGAAGGAGAGUUCAGUCCGGUAGAGCGCACCAUGAAGCGGUUUGAGGAGGCAUUUGACAGUGACUCGUGACUUGUGACUCGUGCACACCCCUGACACGCACCUGACGCAUACACGCCUAACACCCGCCUGCAAGUCUGCAAGCACCAUUCUCACAGACACUAUCCAGCACUGUGGUCCGAACCGAACGGCAUUCUCCUUUACUCGUGACACUGGAAAAUCGCAUUCACGUGACAUUACGCUGUGUUACACAGCACAGCAUCAACGCUAGGGUCAUUGAUCAGACGAAAUCCGUCUGAUGGUCUGAAAAACAGACCGUUUUUUUGUGUUUUGUCUGAUAUUUUGAUGGGCCAAAACAUUUCGUUUGAACAUUCAGAAAUGGUUGAAGUUUCCAUCUGAAUUUUUAGACACUGUAGAGCUUUGUCUGAGAUUUCAGACCAGGGCCUCAGAUUACAGGCUUUUUACCCUGAUUCAGGGUAAAAUCAGGGUGUUUUUUAGGGGUGACCCUGAUGAGACAGGGUUUUUUUUUAACACG